AUCAGUUGACGUUCGAUCAUCGAGCGGAUCGGAUCGUGGCACUCCCUCUUUCUCCUUGUGUGUCACGUGUAUCUACUGUGUAGCUUCCAGUUUUCUUUGUUAAUAACUGUGUGUGUAAUCGCCACCUGUUCUCUGCUUGCCUGUGUACCUUGAGAAACAUCGGCUCUGACUCUCUGAGUGGCAUUGACUCUUCAACAGCAGACAGAGAGAAAGAGAGAGAGAGAGAGAGAGAGAGAGAGAGAGAGAGAGAGAGGAAUAAAGUGGAGCAGUAAAAUUGAUAAAUAAUUACGACGGCAGUUAAGGUGAAUUAUCUUUCGAACUCGCGAGUGAUACGGUAAAUUCAGUUGAAGUGUCCAAGGUACGCAUUCGAUCACGAGGUGCUGAUGAUUGUUUGAAAACUAGGGAAAAAUGUGGCUGAAGGACGUGAAUAACGACGCCUUGCCGGCUGCGAAUUUCGUGAACUCGCGGCGCAGCGUUCAAAACGAGAUAUUUGUGAAUCGUAGCCUUCAUUUAGAAAAUAUCAAGUUCUAUGGAUUCGACAUGGACUACACAUUGGCAGAAUACAAGUCGCCACAGUACGAACAAUUGGGCUUUACAUUGCUGAAAGAUCGUCUGGUGUCUCUGGGAUAUCCACAGGAAAUUAAAGCAUUCGAGUAUGACCCUAGUUUCCCAGUGCGGGGAUUAUGGUUCGACACUCUUUACGGAAAUCUUCUCAAAGUGGACGCCUAUGGGAAUAUCUUGGUUUGCGUUCACGGUUUUGAAUUUUUGAAACAUUCACAAGUAUACGAGCUUUAUCCAAAUAAAUUUUUACAAUUGGACGAGUCCAGGGUAUACGUGCUCAAUACGUUGUUCAAUCUUCCUGAAACAUAUUUGUUAGCCUGUUUGAUAGACUUUUUCACAAAUUCGCCGCAAUACUCGCGGGAGAAGACAGGAGUGAAAGAGGGAGAGCUUACGAUGAGUUUCAAAAGCAUAUUCCAAGAUGUGCGAAACGCCGUGGACUGGAUACACCUUCACGGUGAUUUGAAAACGAAGACCAUAGAAAAUUUGGACGAAUACGUGAAGAAAGAUAAGAGACUGCCAAUGUUUCUUAACAGGAUCAGAGAAAGCGGGGCAAGAGUGUUUCUUUUAACGAAUAGCGAUUACGUCUUUACCGAUAAAAUCAUGACUUAUCUGUUCGAUUUUCCACACGGUGCAAAGCCUGACGAACCGCACAGAAAUUGGAAAACGUAUUUUGAUACUAUCGUAGUAGAUGCUAGAAAACCGUUGUUUUUUGGCGAGGGUACGAUUUUACGGCAAGUGGACACUAAAACCGGAGCUUUGAAACUUGGAACGCACAAGGGCCCGCUUCAUACAGGAGAGGUUUACUCAGGAGGCUCGUGUGAUGUGUUCACCGAAUUAAUAGGUGCAAAGGGUAAAGACGUGUUAUACGUUGGUGAUCAUAUCUUUGGUGAUAUUUUAAAAAGUAAGAAGAUCAGAGGGUGGAGAACAUUUUUAAUAGUGCCUGAACUAGUACAAGAACUUCAUGUUUGGACCGAUAAAUGUCAAUUGUUCGCCGAGUUACAAAAUUUAGACGUUAUGCUAGGAGAAAUGUACAAAAAUUUAGAUAGCAGCACAAAAGAAAAGCCUGAUAUUUCUAAGCUGCGAACAUCCAUAAGAGACGUCACGCAUAAAAUGGAUUUAUCUUACGGAAUGAUGGGUUCAUUGUUCCGUAGUGGGAGUAGGCAAACUUUCUUCAGUAGCCAAGUAGUGAGGUAUGCUGAUCUUUACGCAGCAACCUUUUUAAACCUCAUUUAUUAUCCAUUUUCGUACAUGUUCCGAGCCCCGGCUAUGUUGAUGCCUCACGAGAGUACAGUUGCUCACGAACAAAGAUUUGUUAUGGAAACGCCAAUGAUCAGUCGAUCUCGGACAUUCAAGCUCGCAGAAGAAGAAGAAGAACAACAAAAUAAACCUACUAAAACUGUGUAUAUGGACUGUCCCAAUAAUCAAAUACCGCAUGCAAGGCCAGAAACUCCGCGUAAUGUGACACACACUCACGAUGAAGAUUGCAGUGACGAAGAUAGUGACUCUCAGAAACAAGCAAACCACGUAAGAUCGUGCACAAGGAAUUCUAAUUGCAAAUGAAUUAUUUUUACUGUUAUUUCUUCUUUCGGUUUCUCACAUUUUGUUUCUACAUUCUCUUUUAACCAUUCACUAAAUUAUUAUUAAAGGAUUGAAUAGAAUCCUACUACAUAGAUAUCUAACUUAAGAGUCUUGAUCAAAUUUACUGAAAUUAAUUAAUAGUAUUUUUCAUUCCUUUAUUUUAUAUGAAGAAAAUUAUGAUAAUCGUGUUAAGUUUCAAUUACAUUCGUCGAAUAUAUAUUCCAAAAUGAAUAUAAUAUAUAAUGUUCAUAUAUAUUAUAGAAACUAAAUUCUUUUUUUUUAUUUUCAUGAUUUAAAAAGAUACAAAAUAUAAGUUACAAAAAUCAAUGUAAAUUAAUUUACACAUUUAUAUUUCUUUAUUGAUUUUAUUGAUUUAAUUUAAUAUUUAUUUAAAUGUAUGUAAAAUAGUACAAGCUAUAUACAAAAAAAGUUCAGGUAGUCAUAUACAAGUUCAUAAAUUAGUAUAUAUAUGUUAAACUGAAAGCCAAUCAAAUAGGAUAUAGUUGUUCGUUUAUUUAUAUCAAUAACGAAAUUUUUAUAA